CAAAGCAGUGCAAGGUUCGUAGUUAAAGGACUUCUUCCGUAGCCUUGGCCGGGUGUUUGUGUCUAUAUAUCGUUCGAUUCUAAGACCUACUCUCAGAAAGAAUACACAAAAACAUGGGUCGUAUAUUUCUCAAUCACCCCGGCGGGAUCACUUUGUAUUCUUGUGCGAACUGCGAUACAGCUUUGACGAACAGAUCGGAGUUAACAUCAAUGAGAUUCAAUGGAGCUACUGGAAGGGCGUUUUUGUUCAAGAAAGUGGUUAAUUUAACAUUCAGCAAUGUUCAAGAUAGAGUAAUGCUUACUGGAAGGCACAUGGUCAGAGAUGUCUUCUGUAAGAACUGCGACUCAAAACUUGGCUGGAUGUAUGAAUAUGCAACAGAGGAGAGCCAACAAUACAAGGAGGGCCAAGUUAUUCUGGAGCGGGCUUUGGUGACUGAAAGUGAAGGAAUUGAAGAAAUUGGUGACUUUGAUCACUAGCAUUUCAGUUUGUUAACUUUUGAGUUUCAGUGAUGAAAGCUGUUGUACAUAAAAUAUUAUGAAAUAUUUAAAGUGAUACUUUGGGCAAAGUAGGGAACUUUCAGAAAUAAGAUAUUCCAUCAUUUGAAUAUUUAGACAUUUGAUUUUGAAAUAAGGGUAAGGGCAACUCUGAACUACUUGUUUCCCAUGUUUAGGAGUACAGCUUUAACAACAAUUAUCUGAUCUGUUCAUUGUUAUUCAAAUUAUUAUCAAUGUUUCAGCUGCUUAAAUUUUAGUAAUUACGAGUUGCAAAUUCUCCUGUACAUAAAGUUUAUACUGUAUAUAUUGCAUAUACCAAAUACCGAUUGGCAAAUUUUAAUAUAUUUCACCAUUGAGCAUAAAGUAACAGCUUUUCCAUAUUAAGUAACAUCAACAUGGAACAAAAUUUUGCAUAAUAUAAUGUGAACAAUUGUACUUUGUCUCUGUAUCAGGGAUAAGUAAGGCAAAUGAAAGUGUUUUUUCUGAUUUAUUGGUUUCCAAGACUGUUCUUGUUUUAACCUACAAAAUCAUUGUAAUUUCACUCAUUACAGAAAUGGGAUAAGAGCUGGUGGGAGAGGCUAGAUUAAUGGCAUCUCAAGUUAAUCUGUGAAUUAUUAUUGGUGAUUGUAUUUAGACUAUUAGGAACUAAGUUGUAAAUUGGCAGAGUAUGAGCAGAAUCACUGACACCUAAUGAGGAACAUUUUGGGCAUUAGGAAACUUCUGAGCAUUUUGAAUUUUGCUUCAGUAAAAACUGAUAUUUACAUUAAAAGGGUCAUUCCAACAUUCAGUUAAUUUCAAUCCUUCCCAAUUUUGUUGAUCUACACAUUUGUUGGGACCUGCUGCAUCUAACGAGUUUUCCAAAUAUUUUCAGCUGUUUUUGAUUCACCUUUGCAGCAAUACUUUGGACUUUUGAACAAUGCACCCCUAUCUGAUCUCUGUUGUUGUAAUCAAGUUUGUUACCAGGUUUGAAUCAUUAAAGGUGUUGAACUUGUUCAACUUUGAGCAGAUUGCAGGAUUUUGAACUCAGGUAAGGGCUUCACAACCUACAAGUUUUAGUCACUUUGUUGGGUAAGAUGUUAAAUCAAGAAUCUGCUUUAAUCAGUAUGGUAUAUGCAAUACAUCCAUGGAUUUUUCUUUUCAGGGUUUCUUCUUAAAACCUACUACCAGUACCUUCCCAUUCAUGUCCCCUCUGUCUGUUAGACAGUCCUUGUUGCACGUACCUAGAGUACCAACAAAUUUCCAUGUUCAUACUUUUCUUUCAGGGUGGUUGACUAGUUUGGACUUCAUUGAUACUGUUAACAUUUCAAGGCCCUCAGAAAAUUAUUAAUUUUUCAUGGCUUCAGAGGAAGCUUUAAGAGAUGAGGGCUCACUAAAGAUUCUUCGAGAGCCAAAAUGAGGACAGUUUUGUUUUUUCUGAACGAACACUCCACUAAAUUGAAUAUUGUAUACAGUAAGCAUUUCCUUGGUUGGAAACCAAACAACAUCAUAUCAGGAUUUUUAAAGCAUUAGCACUUUCCCUGUUUUUCAUUCUAUAAUUUUUGUCGAGGGGAAGGGGUGCAGGGGAAAGAUUAAAGAAGAAGGAGCCUUUUAGAAACUCAAGGCUCUAGGCAAACAGCAUAGCCUAUUAAUAAGAGUGUUUAUAGUAUUUGUAAAUAUCAGUCAUUACAUCAAACUGUCUCCCUGUUUUUUCUCUUUAUUUGUUUUUUUUUUCUGAGGUUUUCAGUUUUUAUUUGUUACUCAUUAGUGAAGCAUAAGUGUACAAGCACAACUACAGCCAUCACAUACUGCAAUUCCAAUAGAAGCUUAUUUAGGUUCAAAGAAUGAUAAUAAUGAGAACUCAUUAAUUUUCUAAUCUUUUUGU